AGUCCACCAGGGUCACCGCCUCCUUCAAUUACCCUUCUGUUCUCACUCAUCGUCUCCACCGUUUCUCGCUUCUUCUUCACCACCGACCCAGACCCGUUUUAGGCGGUGGUGCAGACGACAGCUUGAGAGGUCUAGGGCCGAUGGGAAACAUAAGAGAAAUGGAGCGACGGAUAGGGGUGAUUCAAAGGUGUUUGGGAGGGGAAACGAAGGCAGAUCGGUGGUGAGAGGUGCGUGAUUAGGGGCUGCUUCCACCACAUUACUCGACUGAAGGUUUACCAACGCUCCUUUAAACCCUUCCAUCAUCACGUUCGUCACUAGAAAGCGCGGUUAGGGGUUUUUCUUCCUGAUUCUUCCGCUCACAUUAUCUUCGUCAGCUAUCUACUCUUUUCAUCCCUAUCCGCUUCUGCUUCAUCUGCUUCAAAUAAACCGAGCGCCAUUAUCUUACUUCCACAUCUUCUCUACUCCGAUCGGUGGCUUCCAACGACAUUUCGACAUCAAUACAGAGAGGGCGAAAUGCUACACGAUUGAUUUCUUAUCGGUGUCGCUUCAUGCGGUGUGUAGAGAUCCUGAGGCAUUCGAGUCUCCUUGCAUCUAUACUCAGGACAUAUAAAGAACCAAUAAACCCAUAAAUCUUUUUGGGAGUUCCCGAAACCCCAGUUGCAAAUUUCCGCCCCUCAUUCGAAUUCUAAUCUUCUCUCAAAAUCUUCAGUUUUGGCGAAAUUUAACGAAGAGGAGGAGGAAGCACAUGGUGUUUAUGAAGUAGGGCGAGGAAAUAAAGCUUUGAAGCUAAAGGUUGAGCAUAACGGGAUGAAUUUUGAUUCCUGUACCCCUGGCCAAUACACUCUCCUAAUUUGUCCAUUGUGCAAAGGUGGGCAAUCCAAAGAGAGAACUCUUUCAUUCCAUAAAAACCAAAAUGAGAAAGUUGCAAUAUGGAGAUGCUUCGAUUUUGAAUGUGGAUUAUCUGGUCAUGUUUUAGCGGAUGUGGGUUCUAUACAAGAUGAAGUCAACAAAGUCAAUGUUCCCAAAAAACCAAGUGAAGAGACCUUGUGUUUAGAGCCCCUUGGUGAUGAGUUGAUUGAAUACUUUGCUACACAAAAAAUAUCAGAAGAGAUUUUGAAGAAAAAUGUUGUUAUGCAAAUGAUUGAUGAUAAGAAUGUGAUAGCUUAUACAUAUAGAAGAAAUGGUGAGCUUGUCAACUAUAAAUUUCGCAGCAUAACAAGCAGAAAGUUUUGGCAGAUAUCGGUAUAUGAAGAAAGGAACAAGUGGAGGCACAAAAACUAAUUUGGAUGCAGGUAAGCUGUGGAUAGAAGCUGUUAAUGUUGAAGUAGGAAUAAACCAGUAUGGAAUUAUGUGGCUUGUCAUGGGAGCUGCAGCUGAGAAACUAUAUUCCAAGUAUAACUUAUACAAUGACUUUCUUUAUACAUUAAUUUAGAAAGAAAAAUACAUAUAAAUGGAUAUGUCAGAGCUCAUGUCUAAUAAACCAAUGUAUGUUUGGCAAAAUGCCCCACUUACGUGCCAAAUAUGGUUUGCUUGCAAAGGGCAACUCAUUUAUACAAGGAAACCCCAAAACAGAAAGCAUUUGAAGAGUGAAUAAGAAGAUGCUAAUUUCAUUUUGGAAAAUAUUAAUAUAAAGUCCAGGUUUAGGUUAUGAAUGAGGAGAUACUUUUAUUGGAUGGAUCAGUCUUAAAUAGAAGUAUUGUACCACAGAAAAAUAUUCUACAAAUAUCAUGUGGUAUAUUAUUUGAUUAUUUCUUGAAUUAUUUGAUAAUCCAGUAGUUGUAUCUUUUACAUUCUUCUUUGUUGCAAAGUGUUUUGACUUCUUCUCUUCGUAUAUCUUCUUUUUAUUUGCACUGUUUUGUAGUUAAAGUAUAUAUCUUUAUAUUAAUUACGAUUCAUAUUCUUUAUAUUA